AUGGGCGGGAACUUAGAAGGUUGGUAUUUCAACCAAAUCAAGGGGACCUGUGAAGAUGUCAAUGAAGCUGAUAUUAUAUCUUGUGUUGAAUAUGAUAAAACUGGCGACUUUUUAGCAACCGGUGACCAUGGCGGUAGAAUUGUGAUUUUUAAACGAGAAAAUGAAGAUAAACUUCAAAAAUGCAUCAGUCACAAUGUGUAUUGUACAUUUGUCAGUCAUGAACCGGAGUUCGACUAUCUUAAAUCAUUGGAAAUUGAAGAGAAAAUCAAUAAAAUCCGAUGGUUACCACGUACUAAUCAUGCACAAUUUCUGCUUUCUACAAAUGACAAAACAAUUAAACUUUGGCGCAUUACUGAACGGUGUCGACGUGUUGCCAAUAGUACUUGUACAUCAUCUGAUUACUUCUUACACAAUAAUACAACUAGAAGUACUAAUACUACCGAUAAUGAUGAUAAUCUUAUGUUGAACGAUAAGAAUAACUCAUCCGUUUCAUUGAAUAAAAUUUAUCAGAAAACUGAUCUACGUGUACCAUAUUAUGAAGAUAUUGACCCUGUCAUGGAUGCACAUCCUAAACGAAUAUUUGCUAAUGCACAUACUUAUCUUAUCAAUUCAUUAUCAGUGAAUUCUGAUCAAGAAACAUUUCUCUCAGCGGAUGAUUUAAGAAUUAAUUUAUGGAAUUUAGAAAUUACCAACCAAUCAUUCAAUAUUGUUGAUUUAAAACCUGUGAAUAUGGAAGAUUUGUCUGAAGUGAUAACAGCUGCUCAAUUUCAUCCAUCAGCGUGUUCAUUAUUUAUUUACAGCAGCAGUAAAGGCACCAUACGUUUAUGUGAUAUGCGUCAACGUGCACUGUGCGAUGAACAUGCAUUAUCGUUUGAAGAAGUCGACGAUCCAAUGAGUCGGUGUUUUUUCUCUGAAAUUAUUAACAAUAUAUCCGAUUUAAAUUUUAGUCAUUCCGGUCGUUAUAUUUUAAGUCGAGAUUACUUAACAUUGAAAGUUUGGGAUUUAAAUAUGCCUCGUCGACCAGUUGAAACUUACCUCGUUCACGAUUAUUUCCGUACAAAAUUAUGUGCACUCUAUGAAAAUGAUUGUAUAUUUGAUAAAUUCGAAUGUCAAUGGUCACCAAACGAUGAUAUGGUUGUCACCGGUUCAUACAAUAAUUAUUUUCGUGUAUUUGAACGUGGUACCUCGAAUGAUCUACUAAUGGAAGCAUCUCGUGAAGCUAUGGAAAAUAGUGUAUGCGGUAAACUGAAACCAUGUCAAGUGAUAUCUGAUGGAACUAUCGGGGGUAGCAGUGCCAGUAGUAGUGGUGCUUUCGCUCGAUCAUGGUCUGAGGGUAAAGUCAAUGUGGAAUGUAUGGAUUUAACACGUAAACUGCUUCAUUUAUCAUGGCACACACGUGAAAAUACUCUAGCGUUGGCUGGUACUAGUAGUCUUUACUUACUUGACUACUAUCCUGAUAAUCGUCAGUUAAGUGAUAAUCCAAUAGAAUCACAACGAACUGAUCACCUAAUGAACGGUGGUGUUAAUGACAGUAGUAAUCAUUAUUUUGACAACAAUAAUAUUACUUCUACAUCGUCUAAUUAA